AUGAUUUCGAAAAUCGCUACAAUCGGUGGCCUUUUGGCUGCGGCCAAGGCUCAACAGGUCGGCACCCUGACAACUGAGACUCAUCCCAAGAUGUCCUGGCAGACAUGCACAAGCGCUAGUAGUUGCACGACAAAGAACGGCGAGGUCACCGUCGACUCUAACUGGCGGUGGCUUCACAGCACGUCGGGCUCCACUAACUGCUACACCGGCAACGAGUGGAACUCUAGUGCCUGCACCGACGCCAAGAGCUGUGCUGCUAAUUGCGCUCUCGAUGGUGCUGAUUAUCCUGGUACUUAUGGUGUGAGCACUAGCGGCAAUGCCAUGACGCUCAAGUUCGUUACCAAGGGCCAAUACUGUAUGUCUUCGAUGGCGGUCGCCACCAACAUUGGAUCCCGUCUGUACCUUAUGAACGGCGUGGACAAGUACCAGAUGUUUACCCUUUUGGGCAACGAGUUCACGUUCGAUGUUGACGUGUCUAAGCUCGGCUGUGGCUUGAACGGAGCCUUGUACUUCGUCUCCAUGGACGAGGACGGUGGCAAGUCCAAGUACUCCACCAACAAGGCCGGCGCCAAAUACGGUACCGGCUACUGCGAUGCCCAGUGCCCGCGUGACCUCAAGUUCAUCAACGGUCAGGCAAACUCUGACCAAUGGAAGCCUUCGACCAACGACGCGAACGCAGGUGUCGGUCAGCAGGGUUCGUGCUGCUCCGAGAUGGAUAUCUGGGAGGCAAACAGUGUUUCCACCGCCUUCACACCUCACCCUUGCAAGACCAUCGGCCAGCACGCCUGCAGUGGCGACGCCUGUGGUGGGACGUACUCCAGCGACCGCUACUCCGGUGACUGUGACCCCGAUGGCUGCGACUUCAACUCGUACCGCCAGGGUGUGACCGACUUCUACGGGAAGGGCUUGACUGUCGACACCUCCAAGAAGUUUACUGUCGUGACGCAGUUCAUCAAGGGCUCCUCGGGCGGCCUCGAUGCCAUCAAGCGCUACUACGUUCAGAACGGCAAGGUAAUCCCCAACUCCGAGACCACCAUCGACGGCACCACCGGCAACCAGAUCGACCCCACGUACUGCGCGGCCCAGAAGACGGCCUUUGGCGACACCAACAACUUCGAGACCCAGGGAGGGCUGGCGCAGAUGGGCAAGGCCCUCGCCGGCCCCAUGGUCCUCGUCAUGUCCAUCUGGGACGACCACGCCGCCAACAUGCUGUGGCUCGACUCCACCUACCCCGUCGACGGCACCGCCCCCGGCACCGCCCGCGGCUCUUGCGACACCAGCUCCGGUGUCCCUGCCGAUGUCGAGUCCAAGCAGGGCAGUGACCAGGUUACCUACAGCAACAUCCGCUUCGGGCCCAUUAACUCGACCUUCACCCAAUAAAGUGUCCUACGCUGGUCCGGAACUGAUUGUUGUCACCGUCGCGAGAUGGUGGGCUUGGCAAUGUCUGCAGAUGUUCAUUUCAUGUAGAUAGCAUACAAAAGCUGGGAUGCAGGUUGCAUAGCUUCUCUUAGGCUUCAUAUUGUCGAU